AUGACAGAAAACGCCAGUCAGCAACAGCUCGACAUCAAAGAUGAAUAUGAGCUUUGGAGGAAAAACUGUAAAUACAUGUAUGAGUUCAUCAAUGAGACUGCUCUUACAUGGCCAUCCCUCACUGUCCAAUGGCUACCUACUCUGGAAACAACCGACGUGAUAAACGCCAGAUUGCUUCUUGGAACCCAUACAUCUGGAGAAGCCCAAGACCACUUGAAGGUGGCAUCAACUCAAUUGCCAAUCAAGGGCUCCGAUAAGAAAAUCUCAUCAAAGAUCAAAAUCACACAAAAGAACCCUGAUAUCAUCGCAACUAUCAAUGGAAGUGGUGAGCUUGACUUCUACGAUUUGAGCAAGAAUGAAAAGUUUGGCCAUGUGGCUCCUCACACGGAAAACGGUUACGGCUUGUCUUGGAACAGAUUUAAAGAUGGCUACUUGCUUUCCUCGGCCGACGAUCACACUGUCGCCUUGACCAAUGUGUCUGAUAUUGAAAAUAAUGGUGGCCUUGUGCACAAGUUCCUGAACCAUAAAGAUAUUGUGAAUGAUGUCAAAUGGCACCAUUUUGACGAAAACCUCUUUGGAUCUGUCUCAGACGACAAGCAGUUGCUACUAUUCGAUAUUCGUACGCCUGAGAAGCCCGUGCAGACAUUCUAUAACGAAGACUCCAAGGGAAUCAAUUCGCUUUCGUUCUCGCCAUUUUCUCGCAAUCUCCUCGCCCUAGGCAACACCAACUCCAAUAUCAAUCUUUUAGAUUUGAGAAAUCUUUCAUCCACCCCACUUCACACCAUGAUGGGCCACGGAGAUGCUAUCACAUGUCUUGAAUUUUCGCCACACAAAGACGGAAUCAUUGCCUCAGGAUCCCAGGACAGAAGAGUGAUUCUUUGGGAUUUGGCCAAAAUCGGCGAGGAGCAGACCCAGGAGGAUGCUGAAGACGGAUGCCCUGAAAUCUUCAUGAUGCAUGCUGGUCAUACCGGUGGUGUCACGGAUCUCAGCUGGUGUCCAUUCGAUGACUGGACGCUUGCCUCAGUGGCAGAUGACAAUAUCGUUCAUUUGUGGGAGGUGAGUCUGUCUUUGAUCAAGGACACCCCAGCGGCUCCAAAGGACAGUGAAUUGGAGUAA